UGCCGUGUAUACUGCGCUUAAAUUAUCUCCCACUUUCUCUGUGAACCGAUUCGAUAUUUCUCGUGUUAAUAAUAUCGAAAAUUUUAGAAGCUUAGAAUGUGCUAGAACUUUACUGACGGAGGAAAAAAGAGUUGUGUGAGAAAACGUUUCUUUCUCGUGCGGUGACGUACGCGAAGAAGCUUUCUGUGAAACUGCGAGACAAAAAUCUUAUAAGAACAAUAUUUAUUUGUGAUGUCUCAAGAAAAUAUGUUGCGUUGUUAUCGUCGUGGAUGCGGGAAGAUGUUCCUGCCGGAAAAUAAUAAAGACGAUGACUGUAUGUAUCAUCCAGGAUCUCCGGUAUUCCACGAUGCUUACAAGGGAUGGUCUUGUUGUAACAAAAAGUGUACAGAUUUUACAGAGUUUUUAAAUAUUAAAGGUUGCACAAAGUCAAAACACUCUAAUGAGAAACCACCUGAACCAGAGAAACCACAGAUUGAUAAAUCUAAGGCUAAUGAAAUAAUUGAAGUUGUUUCUAAACCUUCAAGACCUGAAACAUCUUUAGAAAGACCUUCUUUUGAUGCUCCUCAAUUCACAUUAUCGCCGACAAUAUCUUCGACUUUACUGGAACAAAUCAAAGGACUAACUAAGACAAAAAUCGACAAACCGACAGAAGAAACAAUAAAGAUAGGUCAAAGUUGUAAAAAUAAUUCUUGCAAAGGAACUUAUCAGGGACCUAUUUCUAACGAAGAAAUUUGUCAUUAUCACCGUGGAGUGCCAAUUUUCCAUGAAGGAAUGAAAUAUUGGUCCUGUUGUCAAAAGAAAACAACAGAAUUUUCUACUUUUUUGGAGCAACCAGGAUGCACACAAGGCAAACAUACGUGGUUUUCUCAAAAUACUGGAAAAACAGUUCAAUGCAGAAUGGACUGGCAUCAAACUCCAACACAUGUAGUCGUUUCUGUGUAUGCAAAAAAAUAUCUGCCUAGUCGGUCUGUCAUUAAAUUGAAUCCCAUCCAUUUGACUGUAGUUCUGUUUUUUGUGGAAGAAAAUUCAACAUAUGAUCUUGAUAUAGAAUUAAGAGGAAUUGUUGACGUCGAGAAAAGUAGUGUGAAUAUGCUACCGACUAAAGUAGAAAUAAAGUUGAGAAAGGCUGAGGCUGGAGCUUGGUCGAAAUUAGACGUUCCUAGAGAAGCAAAACUAAACAAUUCUGAAAUCAGUGAAAAUGUCGAAAAUCUUAAUACACAGGUGGAAGCUGUGGAUCUUAGUGAUCUUUAAUAAUUAUAUUUAGGUAUUAUAAGUAUUAAACAAUUAAAUGUACAAUCAUGAAAAUAUGAUUGUGAUGAUUUGCUCUUCUGGAAAACUUAUUUUGGUUUAGAAGAAGCUCUUUUUUAUUCUAAAACAGUGCUAAUAGUCUGUGGUUUUUUUACAAUAGUAAAGUAUCUUAACUGUAUGGGGUUCUUCUUCAUGCCCACUGAGCCAUUAUGACAUUUGUAAAAAAAAUAUUUUAAAAAUUUGUGGUAUUAAUUUUAUUGUUCAAAUAAUUGAAGAUAAUUGUUAAAUAUGUCGAAUAUUGA